AAGUACGGGUCCCUUUCCGAAGAAAAUUCCAUAAAAACCGAUCUUUAAAAAUUGUCGUUUAACUCAACCCAUCACUUUCUACGCCAUUUUUACAAGCAACCAACUCUCCAGUCAAUUUAGACUGCUUUAUUAUUCAUCACUACGCACUACUUCUGCUCAUAUUCCCUCUUUCUCUCUCUAAAACUCCAAAUUCUUCACCUCUCAAGCUCUAACAAUGGCGGAGGAGAGAGAAACUCAAACUCCUCUUCUCCAUAACUCACCUUCUUCCUCAGCUCCAGAAAUUCAAAGAUACAUUGAAGAUGAAAUUCUUCCUUAUUUACCUUCUGAACUUCCAGAAUCAGAAAAUCAUGUUGUCUUAUCAUCAUCUCCAUCAGUUCCUCUGAAGAAUCAACGACUGUUUUCCCUUGAUGUCUUUCGCGGUCUUACCAUUGCUCUUAUGAUUUUGGUUGAUGAUGCUGGAGGAGCUUUUCCAUCCAUAAACCAUUCUCCUUGGUUUGGAGUGACAAUAGCAGAUUUUGUGAUGCCUUUUUUCCUCUUCAUUGUUGGUGUUUCCAUUGGUCUGGUAUAUAAGAAAGUUGACAAUAAGUCUACAGCUACAAAGAAAGUUAUUAUCCGGGUAAUCAAGCUCUUCCUUUUGGGUAUCUUCUUGCAAGGUGGAUUUUUUCAUGGAAGGAAAACACUGACUUAUGGUGUUGAUGUGGAGAAAAUACGUUGGCUAGGUGUACUGCAGAGGAUAUCAAUUGGAUAUCUAUUGGCUUCAGUUUCUGAAAUUUGGCUCGUCAAGGGUUUGGUGGUGGACACACCUUUUGCAUUUAUGCGAAAAUACUGCAUCCAAUGGAUGGUAACUGUGCUAUUGUGCAUUAUUUAUAUUUGCUUGCUGUAUGGCCUUAAAGUUCCAAGCUGGGAGUAUGAGCUUCACGGAGCAAAUUCAGCACUGUUGCCUUCAAACCUUCAGACUGUUCAAUGUGAAGUAAGGGGUAGUCUUGACCCGCCUUGCAAUUCUGUUGGCUUCAUUGACAGACUUUUGCUUGGUGAAAACCAUCUGUACCAGCGUCCUGUAUACCGAAGAGCAAAGGAAUGUAGUGUAAAUUCUCCAGACUAUGGACCUUUGCCAGCCAAUUCACCUGGAUGGUGCCUUGCUCCUUUUGAUCCAGAAGGCAUAUUAAGGUCCAGCUCAUUAAUGGCUGCUGUUACAUGUUUUGUGGGAUUGCACUUUGGACAAAUAAUUGCACACUUCAAGGAUCACUGGCAGAGGAUAUUCUUGUGGUCUGUAUCUGCUUUCUCUCUUUUAAUCUCAGGGUAUGUUUUGCUGAUUUUAGGGAUGCCGCUCUCUAAACCACUUUACACAUUAAGCUAUAUGUGUAUCACAGCUGGUGCUUCAGGCGUCAUCUUCACCAUCAUCUUUUACCUAGUUGAUGUCAAACAUUUUAAGAAGCCUGUCAUACUACUGCAAUGGAUGGGGAUGAAUGCUCUUCUGAUUUAUGCUCUUGCUGCUUGUGAGAUUUUUUCAAUUGCCUUGCAAGGAUUCUAUUGGGGUUCACCUGAAAAUAACUUGGUUGACGGGACAGAAUCAUUUUUUCAAGAUGUAUUAAACUCAAAGAAUUGGGGGACCCUAGCCUUUGUCUUGCUUGAGAUUCUUUUUUGGGGCCUGGUUGCUGGUUUACUUCAUAUGAAGCGCAUAUAUGUGAAACUCUAGCAUCCAAUAUGGCAAUUUACUAGCACAGUUUAUAUGUUCACUCAAAAUACCACAGAAUAUCAAACCGAGAAAAUGAAGGUAUCACGUAACUGCCACCCUCCUCCCUGUAUAUAAUUCUUGUUUCAGACAACUGUAAAUAGAAUCCUUAUAACGUACAUAGUGUUUGCUUGGAACAAGCAAAAUCUACUUCAAUAGACCCCAUAGGUGAUGAUUUGUGUGUUGUAUUAAUUUAAAAGGAAUGUGCAGUGCAUGUCCAACUGAACUACAUGCACGUGUGUGGUUGACAGCGCUAGAGGAUGUGAUGCAUUUAUGAUGUGCUGGAGUGUCAUCUUUUUUGUAAAAGGCUGUUGAGAAUGAACCAUAAUUGGGCUGAAUGCUUAUGCUGCUAGUUAUUGUCCUCACAUUCUGUAUGCUUUAGCCUACAUAGAGCAUAAGUACUUUAGGUUGAGAGUGGACACAAUUAAAAUCUAGCUCGCCGAGCUAAAAGAAUUCAUGCUUACUUUGCCUAGUGAUUAA